AUGCAGUUCUCUCUUACCUCCAUCCUUUUCGCCCACUCUGUGGCUGCCGCAGCUGUGGCCUCCCCGGCACCGGCCGCGGCUGUUCCUGGUGCGGAGCCCCUGGUCCUCAGGGCCGUGUGGAAGCGCCAAACCAAGGCGGUCUCGCUCGCCCCGGCCAACAAGAUCAGCCUCAAGUACAGCGGCGACAGCAGCUCUUCCAAGGGUCUCACUAGCGGUUCUCUCCUGGGCUCCGGCGGUUCCUCCUCGAUCGCGGCCUCCAAGGGCGUCACCUCGGCCUCCAUCGACGGAAACAUGAAGCUGCCGUCGGUCGUCCUCGAGAGCAUCGCCACCAUCAAGGGCGUCUCGUGCGCUACCAAGGGAUCCGUCAUCAUUCCCUUCACCGACGCCACCGACUACGCCUCGGCCAAGAAGCAGUGGCCCGCCAAGGACUUUGUCUUUGUCACCACCAGCGAUGGCAGCUGCGCCUCUGAUGGUCAGCGUGGCUUCUACAGCGUCAGCGCCCUCGCUUUCGAUGACAAGAAGACGACCGUGACGGCCACAGCCGCCUCGGCGGCCAUCAAGGACGUCAUGAACGACGCCCAGGUCCAGUGGGCGACCACCCCCGGUGCCAAGGCCAAGCGCAGCCUCGACCUCGACCUGUCCAUUGACUUGUCGGGCAAGAAGCUGGUCGACCAGGGCCCCUUCUCCGUCACUGCUGAUGUCGCCAAGUACACCGGAGACAUUAGCAUCAGCGGCAGCCUGAGCUUCAACUUCCUGAAACUGAAGCUGUCUUCCAUGUCUGUCGACCUCGACUACAACUCUGCCCUGGCCCUCAACCUCACCACCGCCGUCAAGGCCAGCAAGGAUACCACCCAGAGCCUCAAGUUCGAGCCUCUCGACGCCACCGUCUCGGCCUUUUCCAUCCCCGGCAUCCUCGACGUCGGCCCCCUUUUGUCCUUCGGCCUCGGUGUUGAGCUGUCCGCUUCCGGCACCGUCACCGUCAAGACCGGCAUCCUGACCACCUUCACCGACAGCAAGGUCCACCUUGACUUUAUCGACGCCAAGUCCUCCACCGCCACCGGCUGGAAGCCCGUGACCACCAUGGACAACACCUUCAGCGUCGACGCCAGCCUGCAGGUGAACCCCUACGCGGAGCUGACGGUCGGCAUGGGCGUCAAGGCCUUUGCGGGACUGGUCGACCUGACGGCCUCGGUCGACACCAAGCCGACGCUCGUCAACUCGUUCAACGCCCACGCCGAGGUCACCAGCACCUACAAGAGCGACACGGGCAGCAUCACCUUCAGCGCCCCCAAGAACGUCGACAAGGAGUGCAAGAACGGUGCCUGGUUCGCCAGCUCCCUGCAGUUUGGCGUCACCGCCUCCAUCGGCACCCUCAGCACCGACCUCUUCUCCACCACCAUCCCCGUCUUCGAGAGCCAGUGCUUCAGCUUCAACCUCAUCAAGCGCGACGACCUUACCACCUCCCCCGCCCUGCCUCGCCGUGCUGUGACCGGCAGGAGGAUUGCGGCUUACUGA